UGAGAACUCCAAUGAGUAAUGAUACAAUAGUGAAUGGUGAUCGAGAGUCGAAUACUUUUCUAAUUAUUAAUUAAAAAAUGUAUUACUUUGAAAGAAAAUAAAAGCUAACAAUGGACGAAAACGACUUUUACAAGCAAACGGUCCAACAUUUGGCACGAUGUCUGUCUUGCAUCGAUCCUACUCCCUGGGAAAAGGUGAACACUUUAUUUAUGCUAUGUCCACAAGUCAGUACCAGUUUUACUGUAACACCUCGCAGUCAGGAAGCAUGCAUAGCUCUUGGACUAUAUUUCCUGCAGAGUGAUUUACAGCAUCAGGACAAAUUGCUGCCAUACUUCUUGAAAGUACUUAAAUGUUUGACUAAUGCUCAGUUUGAAGAGCCAAUGUGCAGAGUGAAGAAUGGAGAUCGUAUACCCAUGUCAGAAAAAUUUAGCUUCUGCCUUAACACUCUCCUUUCGGACGUCGUCACGAAGCAACCCGCAUUGCGAGAAGAGAUAAUUACAGCUCAGAUAGAACUCAUGUCAAAUCUCACAAAGAUCAUAACGAAUUUUCACGAAAGUAAAGAUUACAAUGCAGUCUCUAAACUUCAGCUGUGCAAAAGUACUGUACCAAUCUUUAUUGGGCUAGCGAGGUCUAUGGGUCGAUACGCUACAGUAGAAUCGCCACUGCUAUGCCGAUUGUUCCCGCAGCCAAGCAGUCCUUUAAAAACAAAGGAACCCGAACCGAACUUUGAGUAUUCAACUCUGGAUAAGAAGAGGAGGUUCAAUCAGUUCCGCCCAAUCAUUCCAAGGUCUCUAUCGGGAAAUCUGAAUCCCAAUAAUGAGGUUAUAGUAGAAAAUGGUAGUGAUGCUGUAGAUAGCGCUGGUGGGACAUUAAAAAGACGAUCCUUGCAUAGUUACAGCUCGGUCCCAUAUGAUCCGACGACGUAUUUCUUCCAUAAAUUCGGAUCUAGUUACAAUCAGUUUGCGUACAUGAGAACCUCGGAGUCGCCGGAGAAGAGGCAAAACGUACAGUUCUACGUGACGUAUCUACAGUCGAUUUUGUCGUUGGCGAAAAAGCUAUUGACCAAAGAUCUUCUAGCGUUCUUGGAUGAGGAGGCAGAGGAUAUUUUCGCUUCCGGACAGAUACAGAUUUUCCCAUACAAGUCAUUUUCUGAGACAUUAAAUUUAGUAAUGGUCACUUUGCUGCGGGAUAUUUUACAACAUCAAAAGGAUUUGCCUGGACCGUUUACAAAGGACGUACAAGAAUUCGUGAAAUGUCUGUUCUUGAGCGGACAGACUGAGCUUCAAAGCCGACAUCAUGACGCUUCCGAGAAAGAGGACCGGGAGAGUAACUUCGCGACCGUCAAUAAGUUUAAAGUUAAUGUGAUGGCAAAUUCAGCAUGUGUGGACCUUCUAGUAUGGGCCAUUGGUGACGAAACUGUGGACGAAGACUAUGACGUGCCAGCUCUUAUAAACGCUCUAACAAUAUUGAUAGGUGCUGAUUCGCUCUGCGGACGUUUGACCGAAAAGAUAAAUUCAAAUCAUAACCACAAAUUAAUAUUGGCUCACAUGCCGCUGCUGAUGGUCUGUCUUGAGGGAUUGGGUAAGUUAGCGACGAAAUUUCCGACAAUAGCGAACACUUCGAUAUAUUGCUUGAGAGACUUCCUGGUUACACCCUCGCCUAUACUAUUCAAGUUGCAUAAGUUGGAACUGGAGAAAACUGGCAAGGAGCACAUGAAAGUAUCACUACAAGGUAAGGAGCAUCAAGGUCUGACUGAGACGGGUCUUCCAGUGAAGUCCACGCCCUUCGAGAAGCUUCGAGAUGCUGCUAUAGAGAAUUUGUGCGUCGCUCUAGAGGCAGCGCUUACAGUGGACCCUUUCUGUGUACCAGCUCUUGUUGGAUCAGUCAGUAACAGAUUAUUCACAGCUGAAACUAGCGACAGCGAAUCGUCACUCAUCAGCACAAAUAUAGUGAUCAUGUUGGGGCAUGUCGCCGUGGCUUUAAGAGAUACGCCAAAGACGACAGAUACAAUUCUACAGUUCUUCCAGCAAAGGUUAUGCAGAGCUCCGUCAUCAUUGGACACCCUCAUAGUGGAUCAAUUGGGUUGUAUGGCGCUGGCCAGUCCGGAAGGUCCGGCUCAUGAUGAGAUUAUGAGAAUGUUUACCGUCAUCACCGUUGAAGCCGCUAGCGCUUCAUAUCAACACACAGAUGAUAGGAAGCAGUAUCGGCAUGUAUCCGGGGCGGUGUUAAACGCUUUAGCGAAUAUAGCCGCUAAUGUAAGGGGGACAGGGGCUCGGCUAGAGCUGCUGACCAGGUUGUUGGAGCUGUUCGUCCAGCUCGGGCUUGGAGGAGAGAGGGCCACUGACAGGUCACCAGCACCGGUUCUGAAGGCUUCCGGCAGCGCUGGCAAUUUGGGCGUCCUCAUACCCGUUAUAGCGGUACUUGUAAAGAGAUUGCCACCAAUAAAGAAUCCAAAACCUAGGCUACACAAGCUGUUUAAGGACUUUUGGUUGUACUGCGUUGUUAUGGGAUUCACAGCUGCGGAAUCAGCCAUGCGAAAGCGACUCUGGCCCCAGGAAUGGUAUGCGGGUGUGAAAGAGAUAGCAGUAAAAUCACCUUUCCUUGUCUCGCAAACGUCUUUACGUUCGGAAAUGCGGGAAUUGCAAUACACAUCAGCUGUGAGAAACGACUCUGUUUCAAUGAACGAAUUGCAAGAACUGAAGACACAGAUAUUAAAUCUGUUGGACCACCAGCCUGAUGUCACUGUUAUAGUCAAUAAGCUCUCCUUUGCUCCCUGCAUGUACUUGCUAAGUGUGUAUUGGUUGGAAACCCUGAGAGUAACUAAUUCCCCUGAGCCAAGUUUGCAACCGAUAAUUGAAUAUCUAAGCGAUUCAGCUCUACAGAAAGAUAAAAGUAUGAUGUGGCAAUGUGUUGCCAGCGUCGGCGACAAAGUCUUUCAGAAGUUUCUAGACGUUAUGUCUACAAAAGUGAAAGAUGAUUCCCGUGAGAGGGAGCUGGAAAGCCACGCCCAAUUCCUAUUGGUUAAUUUCAAUCACAUCCACAAACAGAUCAGGCGGGUUGCUGAUAAAUGGCUCGCCGGUUUGGUUGACAGGUUUCCACAUCUGUUGUGGAAUUGUCGGGUGCUAUGGUCCAUGUUAGACAUUCUCCAAGUGCUGAGCUUUAGUUUGGAACUCGACGCUAAUCAAGAAACGCCGCUGUUAAAAGUACCGGGGACGGAUUUCGCACUGCAAUUGCAAGAUACAUUAGAAGGACGCGAGGGAAUAGUUAAGGAUUUCGCCGACAGAUGUCACGGCAUCGUUCAAGAGGCCAUGAAGUGGGCGCCGCAGUCUACCAGAUCACACUUGCAGGAAUAUCUCAAUCAGGUCCCAAACUCUACAUUAUGGCACCACUGCGGUCUGGCCCUGGCUACGGGGGCAUUGCUAGGGGCUCCCGGUCUAAACCGGAUGUCCGCUCCUCUACCGAGAUCCGCACUCGACAAACGUCCGCCCUGCGUCACCCAGGACUCCGCCGCACUACUGGCUGUGGUUUCUCAGAGGAGCAGAUAUGCUGGAGAGGUCGCAGGCGCUGUGAUUGCGGAGGGCGGUGGAGAAGCAGCUGUUUGGCGUGUUGGAGCUAAGCUUCACGGAGCGCUGAGAGAGGCUUGUAGUAGUGGUAGCGAAACCGCUCACCGUGCAGCGCUGUGGCGCUGUGCAGCGCUUCUAGUGCACGCUAGGAACACUUCUACCAGCACAACGCCCACCGCUAGGAUCCUAUCCAGCGGCUCGUCGCCCACGGCUAGGACGACCUCCACAGGUUCCUCACCCACCACAAGAACCACUUCCUCUGGAUCUUCACCCACCGCCAGAUCCAACUCCACCGGUUCUUCGCCUACCGCCAGGAUGCUCCUACAUAGCAUUGCUUGGUCCCAAGUGGAUAUCUUCACUGAGGACGCUGUGACCACGGCUGUGGAGUGCUGGCAGUGGCUGAACACUUCCCGGCCGGACCUGGAGCUCAGACUGCUGCAAGAGGUGCUGGCAGCAUGGCAGUGUACCGUUGAUAGGAAGAUGGGCCUGUUCUCGAAACAAAACGACGAAAUCAGCCCUCUAGCGGCCUUUGAAGGUGCCAAGCUGAAACCCCGUCCGCCAUUCAUAGCUCCCCACGUGGUGUGGGUGAGGUAUCUGUGUGAAGUAGCCGAGACAGCAAAGUACAACAGCCAAGAGAAGGUCGAGAUGUUAGCCAGCUUGCUUCAUAGAUCAUUGCCUAUAACAGUUGGCGAUAUAAGGGACCAUAUAAAUAGGCAUGUCGACGCAGCCGGAGUCAGAUUCAGGCUCCUAUCGUGUGGACUGUCGCUCCUCCAGGGAGACAUCCUGCCUCGUUCGUUAGCUCGCAACAUCCUCCGUGAGCGCGUCUACAGUGUUUGCUUGGACUAUUUCUGUAGAGGGUUGCAGUGCCCGUCGAAAAGCGCCGGUGCUCUAAGAGAGGACAUCAUAUCUCUCAUCAAAUUCUGGCAGCUGAUGCACUCGGAUAAGAAAUAUUUGAAGAGCAGUGACAUCGGCGCCGACUUCGAAGUGAUGGGUCCUAGCAGUCAACAGAGCAUCUACACAUCCAACUCACCGACAGACAACAGAUCGUCCGUCAACAGUAGCGACAUCGGCAACAGACAGACAACCGGUUGGAUAAAUACGGUGCCGAUGUCAACGACAACCAUCAGUAGCGGGGCUGGCAGUAUUGCUGGUAAGAGAUCCAACAGAAGCGUAAAACCACCAAAAAAUCAAGACCCGUUCGUUAAGGAUUACGUCCGGAAACGAAAUCUCAUCUUAGAGCUCAUGGCCGUGGAAAUUGAGUUCCUAGUGACGUGGCACAAUCCUCACGGCAGACCGGAGCAGGCGAUACCAGGUGAAGACAAUAUAGCAACGUGGCGAUCAAAACCAAACGCUGAUAAAAUAUGGAGGGAUUACGCAAAGCUAGCCUGGGAUAUAAGUCCCACGUUGGCUGUAUUCUUACCUGAGAGAUUGAAAAACGAUGGUAUCGUUGCUGAGAUUAAGCGUAAAGUGCAAUUAAAUCCAACAGCUGUAUGUCACGUGCCACAGGCUCUGAAGUAUCUGGUUACUACGGAGACACUACUCAAUGACGCACAUGAAUUGGUGCAUAUGGUGACGUGGGCGCGCGUGUCUCCGGUGGAGGCGUUGUCGUACUUCAGCCGUCAGUAUCCGCCGCAUCCUCUAUCGGCGCAAACGGCUGUCGCGACGCUCACAUCCUACCCUCCGUCCGCCGUCCUGCUGUAUAUCCCGCAGCUGGUGCAGGCGCUCAGACAUGACACGAUGGGCUACGUGGCGGAACUGAUAAAAUCUCUCGCCAAGAACUCUCAAGUUGUAGCCCACCAGCUCAUCUGGAACAUGCACACCAACAUGUACACCGAUGAAGAAAUGCAUAAUAAAGACACAGCGUUAUUCGACAUCCUUGAGAAUCUAACCAAGUGCAUAGUGGACACACUGUCUGGACCAGCCAAGGCUUUCUACGAGCGUGAGUUUGAUUUCUUCGGACAGAUCACAAACAUCAGCGGCAUCAUAAGACCCUACCCAAAGGGAGCUGAGAGGAAAAGAGCCUGUUUGGAGGCAUUGAAGAAUGUGAAGGUCCAACCCGGUUGCUAUCUGCCUUCGAACCCCGAUUCCAUGGUGUUGGACAUUGACUACAAAAGUGGAACGCCUAUGCAAAGUGCAGCUAAGGCCCCAUACCUAGCUCGUUUCCGUGUACGCAAAUACGGAAUCUCCGAGAUGGAAGCCGUCGCCAUGGCCAUAGCUUCCGGGGAGGAACUUCCGGCUGAGGAGGGCAAGGAUAGAUAUACUUCGAUAGCAGCGGAGACGUGGCAGGCGGCUAUAUUCAAAGUAGGAGAUGACGUCAGACAGGAUAUGCUGGCAUUGCAAGUGAUAUCGCUCUUCAAGAACGUGUUCCAACAAGUCGGCCUCGAUCUAUAUCUGUUCCCUUACAAAGUUGUCGCUACAGCACCAGGGUGCGGUGUGAUAGAAUGUGUCCCAAACGCCAAGUCACGUGAUCAGCUCGGAAGGCAGACGGACAUAGGAAUGUAUGAGUACUUCAUAAAGAAGUAUGGGGAUGAAACAACCAGAGAGUUUCAGGCUGCUAGAAGAUGUUUCGUGACAUCAAUGGCCGCUUACAGCGUCAUCGGCUUCUUGUUGCAAAUAAAAGACAGGCACAACGGAAACAUUAUGUUGGAUACAGACGGACAUAUUAUACAUAUAGAUUUCGGCUUCAUGUUCGAAUCAUCCCCGGGUGGUAACCUCGGUUUUGAACCGGAUAUUAAGUUAACGGAUGAGAUGGUGAUGGUGAUGGGUGGUAAAAUGGAGGCGCCGCCCUUCAGGUGGUUCUGUGAACUGUGCGUGCAAGCCUUCCUAGCUGUCAGGCCCUAUCAAGAAGCGAUAAUAUCUAUAGUAUCGCUGAUGCUGGACACUGGCCUGCCGUGUUUUAGAGGGCAGACAAUUCGACAAUUGAGAUCAAGAUUUGCUCCUAACUCAACUGAGAAGGAAGCCGCUGCUUACAUGCUAUCCAUAAUAAGGAACUCCUUCCUCAACUUCAGAACCAGGACCUAUGAUAUGAUACAGUAUUAUCAGAACCAGAUACCAUAUUAGAUUGGUCUGUUACAUAAACCUAUAUAUAUUGUUUUGAAAUUCUCGCUUAACCAACGAAACAAAUAACUUUCCUUUCUCUAUUUCUGAUAUUAUUUUUAUAUUUUGCUUUGGUACUUUUCCCAGAAUCUCGUUUCUCCUUGAUAUCUGAUCAUUACUUCAAUUGUUUUAAAAUCCGUUGAUUAUGUGGUAAUUAAUUUAUUUAUAUAAUAGAGAUGUUUCUGAGAACGAUGCCGGUAGAGAAAGGAUGGGGAUGGUGAAGUAGAGAUAUUUUGACUACUUUACUUAAUGACUUCCCAAAAGGAAAAAGAAAAUCGUACAUAAUAAAUAACUUUGAAAUGUCUUCUUAGACAAUUUAUUGAAAAUAUUUUUAAUAUUCUAUUGUUAACAUUUCCCGCGUUUAUAAAUUAUAUUAAGCAGACAGUAUUUGUGACCUUAGAACAAAACAAUUUUAUACCUUAUAAAUUAUUACUAUCUUAAUCUUUAAUUUAAACAUAACUUCCCGUGACUUAUUUUUUUAAAUAAAUUUUAAAUGUUGUCUUAAAAAUCUUCGGUUAGGUGUAUAGUUAACUAAAUUUCAAUUGGUUUUGGAAGAGGUUUUUUUUUAAGUAUUUUGGUGCCCGAGUACUUAUUGCUAAAUCAUAAAAAAAAAGUAUUUGAGAAAUGUUGCCAGAUUAUUGCCUUUAUGGUGGAUAUUUAUUGUGGAUAGGUUCCUCAUAUAGGAUGUAAGAAAGAUUUUUAAGUAGCCAAAGUUAUGUUUAAAUGUGCUAUUCUUGUAGAACUUCUAAUUCUAUUUAAUGUGCAAAACAUAUAUACAAUGAAAACUUACAGGCCACUAAGAAAGUUAUUUGAGAUGCUAAAAUUAUUAUAUAAUAUUUACAGGUACAUAUUGUAUGCUAUUUAUUGUAAUGUAGUUGAAAUUAUUGUGAUUUGUAGAGAAAUUUGUUAUAUUUUGUCCAUUCGAGUUGUUGAUCAUGUUGAUAUUCUAUUAAACGUGUUUAAAAUAUUUAUGUACUAGUAAUUGUAUAAUAGAAAUGUUAUUGUGGUAGACGGGUUAACGAACUUAAGCUAAUCUUCUCGAUGAUUAAUAUAAAUUUAUUAUGUUACUUAAAAGCUGAUGAAGUUACCAUUAUUAUGAAACCAAAUUUAUGUCUAAACGAAUACAACUUUUCAUGUAAAAUUUUCAAAUAACUAAUGUUUCAGAGUUCUUUCAUAGUAUCUUGUUGUUGGAAUUAAAUUAUAUGGUAAAGGUA